UGUUUAGGGACAAUAUAUGGGGGUGACAGAGGCGAUGGAGACCUGAGAUCUCGGGGAUAACUUUCCAACUUUUUGCCGAGUGAACCUGGAGGCUGUAUAAGUGAAAAAGUCCGCCCGGUUCGUCUUUGGGUUUAUAAGUUGGUCUGCCUCAUGAGGUCGAAAACGUUACGAAGUUGAUGUCGUCUGUUGAUGUGUAUCGGUGUGUCCAAAGUCUAGACAGUAUAUGGUAGACAUUAUUUCAAUAUUUAUACAAACUAUUUGUUUCUUUUGUGACACUUUUCAAGACUUUUUGACUCUGAAGAGGAUAAAGACAGAAAAUGAAUAAAGUCGCAGGCACUUCAAGUCGGAUUCUAACAGAUAUUCCGUGUAAAGUUUGCCAGGACCACUCGUCGGGGAAACACUAUGGGAUCUAUGCAUGCGACGGCUGUGCCGGGUUUUUUAAGAGAUCCAUCAGGAGAAACAGACAGUACAUAUGUAAGUCCCGCGGUCAGGGGACAUGCCCCGUGGACAAGACCCACAGAAACCAGUGCAGGGCGUGCCGCCUCAAGAAAUGUCUGGAGGCAGGCAUGAAUAAAGAUGCCGUUCAACAUGAGAGGGGACCCAGGAACUCCACAAUACGGAGGCAGGUCGCCAUGUAUCUAAAGGAAACCAGAGAUUACGGAGCCUUCGUCGCCCAGACGCCCUUCCGUCCGCCAUAUUUACCAAGCUGUUAUGGUCUGGAUCCAAUGGCAAAUGGCGUGGAUUUAGGAACAGUGACCCCGCCUUCCCCUGUAUCUCCAGGAAUUCUCUGCCAGCCAACUCCAAAGUAUCCACACGAAAUAAUGCAGGCGUACUCCAGCAACCCAGAAGCCAUGUGCGAGGUUGCGGCUAGACUUUUAUUCAUGAGUGUCAAAUGGGCGAAAAAUGUCCCAGCAUUCUUGGGACUUCCGUUUCGGGAUCAAGUCAUGCUUCUUGAGGAGGGUUGGAGGGAGUUAUUCGUUCUUGGAGCCGCUCAGUUCCAGAUGCCAGUAGAAGCUGGCCCUUUACUUGCCGUAGCAGGGCUGAACACCGAAGAUGCACCCGCUGAAAAAGUCGUCAGCUUUAUGACAGAAAUCAGAGCUCUUCAAGAAAUCAUCUCCAAGUUUAAAUCUCUGCAGGUUGACCCCACCGAAUUUGCUUGCCUUAAAGGCAUUGUUCUUUUUAAAACAGCCUUUGGCAACUCUCAAAACUCUGAUGAGAAAUCGUUACAGGAUAUCCACACAGUAGCUGGACUCCAAGAUCAAGCUCAGUUAACCCUAAGCAAAUACAUUCAAGCCACCUAUCCGACCCAACCAUUCCGGUUUGGGAAAUUGUUAUUGUCUAUCCCGACACUAAAAACUGUAUGUGGAAACACAAUUGCAGAGUUGUUCUUCAGAAAGACAAUAGGUAAUAUUCCUAUCGAGAGGCUUCUAAUUGACAUGUUUAAAUCGAGUGAUUUCUGAUAUGAGACGAAAUGUCAUAUUUGAAAUUAUAAGGCAAACAAGUUCGGAAAUCAAUUCCGGAAGUGGCUGCAGCCAUAGACAGGAAGCAAAAAACGGAUCUCAAGCCCGAUCGGCGUCGCUCGUGUCAACAAGAGGCUCGAAUUUCUGAGGAAUUGCCUUCAAUUCCUCUCAACUGGUCCUCAGUCCAUAUUAUUUUCAAUAUUUGAUUUCUGUGCUGAAAUUUAGAAAAAUCAAAUUGACAAUUAGUUUUAUUUAAUCUGGUGAGUGUAAAUCAAUAUAUGGUUUGUCUGGUCCCGGGUAUCGCCUUAACUUCCCAUUCUCUGUCUCAAAAACUUGUAACACAAUUCUGUUGAUUAAGUCAUCUCCGAACGCGGAACAAUGGACAGGGGUCAAACGUAUCGUGAAAUUCGUGGAGCGGAUAACUGUUUCUCAGUGGAUUGUUUUUCUCAAGCCAAUUCUGUACACUCGUGAAAUUGAAUCUUUUCCGCAGCAAAAUCCCAAACUAAAUAGAAUAACAUUGAUGUGCGCUAAUGCAAUAAAGGCAUUCAAUGUACACUUUAUCGGAAUAAUAGGACCAAUUUCUACCCGAGCAGAUAGCAAUUAAAUUUCAGUUAGCCUUCGGCGGUAUUCAAUGAUAUUUCUUCACCGCAUUUCACGGUCAAUGUAUUAAUAAAAAUACGUUUCUAUCGUAACGUUAUUUGUGUUUGAAGUUUGAUCCAUAAUGAAUUGUGGAAUUCGUGUUCACAUGUCGGAAAAUUCGCAUAUUUAUACAAGUUCAAGUGGCUACUUUUAGAGUACUCGAAGAUGUCACUUUUGAAGCAAUCAUUCCCUUUUUCAUUUAAUACUUUGUUUUACUGUCACGUGACGUGCUACUAUUAUUUUGAUUGGUGCAUCAGUUUAUAGGCGCAUAGUGUUCGGAUUUGUUUCUUGAUACUUUUAACAAUGUACAUAUAUCAUUCAUCUCGUUAUGACGUAGGUGGGAUGUCAAUUAGAAUUAGACGUUAUUACAAUUAUACUUAUGUUACUCUUCAUUAUCAACAAAUCAACAUAUUUACAAUAUAUUUCAUAUCUUUUUCAUUGUUUACAUUAUAUUAUUUCAUUUUCCAUCAAAAAGCCGCUUAGGCAAUAAAAAUUUCAUGAUUUGUAUUCUUUUGUUCCCUUAAAAGGGUAAUUCUAUUUUUUUUUUCAUUUUCGUUUUUGUACGAAUUUUAACUUUUAGAGAGUUCAUUUUCGUUGAUCUUACUUGCCAGGAACAAGAAUGUUAGUCCACUGUUCUACUGUAGCAUUUUGGUGCAUAAAUUCACUUCGUUAUAUUUUUUCAGAUCAUACAUUUUACAUAAUACGCACAAGUCUUGUUUGUUAAGUUUAUAUAUUGUUUUAGAUAAACUGUGCUGAAUUUUUUUGAACACACUUUUGUCUUCGUCGACUCUCAAGAAUCGAAGAUAGGGCUAUCUGUUUUACUUGGUGCACUCAAAAUGAGAAAAUUGAUCCCAAUAUUGAAAUCCAGAGUUUUAAUUGCAUGUAAUAUUUCGUUACUUUCACCGCACGGCGGGUGUGAAUUCCUAUAUUUUUUUCUGAUUGUGUCGUUGUGCAAUACUGUUGAUUGUGAAUAAUAUAUGUGCUCAAAUGUUAGAAAAUGUAAUUACAGAAUAAAAUUAUAAGGUGAAAAUC